AUGACGCUCGGCACCAAUGAUCAGGUUGUGAAAUUCACUUUGGAAGAAAUCCGGUCGACUCGGGUGUGCAGGUCCAGGAUUCUGAUCGGCCGCCUGUUUGCGGAAGAUGGGAUGUCCGCCGCUGAGCUCCGGGACGCACUUAAUCGACCUUGGCAGGGGGUUGGACGAAUCAUCGUGAAGCAGAUAGCCUAUGGGCUGUUUGAGUUCGUCCUUCCUACUGAAGCGGACAAGACAUGGGUGCUUCAAAGAACCCCAUGGGUCAUUAAUGACAGAAUCUUAAAUGUUCGAGCAUGGACCCAACAGGUCUCGCACCAUACAUUCGAGGAACUGGCAGUGGCCCCGUUCCGUGUCCAAAUGUGGGAUGUACAAGACGAUUGCUGCACACAGCACUUUGGCAGGAAAAUAGCUUCGGCUACCCUUGGUCGCGUUCUUGAGGCGGGGGUUUUCUCUUGCACAGACACGAAUCAAAAGUUCAUUAAAGUUAAGACCCUUCUGGACUUCUCUAAGCCACUGAGAUCCCAAAUCAUGGCUUCUAAUGAGGAGACAGGUGGUUUUUGGAUUCGUUUCAAGUAUGAACAUCUACCAAGUUUCUGUUAUAACUGCGGUCGGGUGGGACAUUACCGACAGGGCUGUACGUUUGAUCCACCGUCUCGACAGGAGAAAUAUGGCCCUCACAUGUCCACUAAGAAGAUGGGGAGGAAGAUCUUCGAAGGUGAUGCUGAUGACCACCAGUUUCGCAGGCACUCGCAUUCGGUUUGGAUCAAUAAUAAUGCUCGAGAGGGGAGGAUGGCGAAUGUACAGCCAUUGCUCGACUCUGGGAAGGAUGACAAAAGGGAGCCGACAGUGGCGGUUCAGUCUGAGGGGGGUACCAGUCCGCUCUGGAUGGGGACCUCGACGAGACCAUUUAUGGCGACGGAACCGGGGAAACCAAAUGGGAGAAGCCCCAUCCGAUUCCCAAUGACUAAAGCCCCCAAAAUGAAUAUUGGCCGCCGGGGCCGUCAUGGCAAGACCAAGAAGGAGGAAGACGGAAGUCCGAUGGAAGUUGAAGAGCUGCCCCAGAAGGCUUCGCGACUAAAGAAACCUCCCCGUCAAAAUAAUGGUGCUGGUGCUUCGAUGGCGGAGGGGAAGAUUUAUCCCGUGCGUCGGAAUAGACGAAAUCGCGGUGGUUCCCCUGUUCCCAGUCCGGUGGGAGAGUGCGGGGCGACGGAACUUAAGUUGGCCCAUCGUCGGCGGCUUAUUCUCGAAGAUGAAUCGGAAGAUGAAUUCGUUGUUAAGGCAAUCCCCGCCCCUAAGCUAGUGGAACGUAAACGUACUGGCGAAAUUCCUGGACCUGGUGAAGGGAUGGCUCGGCGGGGGAGUGAGGCAAAGCCUAAACAGCAACUGAAGCCAUUUGUUAAGAAAGGAAGAAGAGGGGGGGGGGGGGAAAUUGGGAAGUCUACCUAUCUCUGCGGGCGGCGGGCUAAACCCAGCAGGGGGGAGUGA